CUGAUUUUUGUCUGGUUUUGGCCCUGUGCAGCAGCAUUGCUUCCACGCUCUCUGUUUUCAAGCAAAAUAAGGUUAUUCCUGGCAGGUUCCUCCUUGAGUGCACCCAAGUUGUUGGAAAGGCCCGGCAGCACGAGAUGUUUUCUCACAGUGUUCUGACGACACAGCAACUGUCUUGUUUUCCUGAACAAUGUGACCUGGAGUGGUCUGGAGCCCUCUGAUCUUUGGAAGAGGAUUCAGCAAAGGAUUAAGUGCCCCUCUGAAUGGGACUCCAAGGAGCCUCAUGAUGGUUGAUAGCUCCAGCAAAGCAGGCUUUGUUUGCCCAUGUUUCUGGGAAAGGUUGUCUAGUUUGAUACAGCAAUAAGUGUUAUGUCAGGCAGGCACCUAAAACCAGAUUAGUAGGGAAUUUUCUCAGUGAUGGUUUAAACAUUUUUCAGAUGUUGUUUUUCUAGCAUCCAUCUAGAGCUGUAGCUCAUAGCUGGAAAUCACUUUUUGACAUAAUUGGUAAACUAAGGCCCAUGGUUUGAGAACUGUUGGUAAUUUGCAGUUUUGAAGAAAACCUAUUGCUGGUGGGUUUCAAACCUCCCAGCAUAAGAAGUAGUUUGAUCCAGUUGGCUGGAUGUGCAAAAAUGUGAGAACAGGAAGUAAGGUCAGGUGUUUGCACCUGAGAAAGGCAAACAGGGAAGAGGUAGUGGGAAAAAGAUCAAGUUGUAGGCGAGUCAUAUGUGAAAGAAAAUAGUAAAAAAAAGAAGAUAAGUGGACCACAACUUCCAAGAUGAUUUUGACAGCUCUAACUCAAGCUCUGACUUGCAGCCCCAUCUGUUUUGAUAUGAUUGAAGAAGCCUACAUGACGAAAUGUGGACACAGCUUCUGCUAUAAAUGUAUUCACCAGAGCCUGGAGGACAAUAACAGAUGUCCCAAAUGCAACUAUGUUGUGGACAACAUAGAUCAUCUUUAUCCCAACUUCUUAGUUAAUGAAUUAAUUCUCAAACAGAAGCAAAGAUCUGAGGAGAAAAGACUCAAACUGGACCAUUCAGUGAGUAGCACCAAUGGCCACAGGUGGCAGAUAAUUCAAGAUUUGUUGGGAACUGACCAAGACAAUCUUGACUUAGCCAAUGUCAACCUGAUGCUGGAGCUGCUGGUGCAAAAGAAGAAGCAGUUGGAAGCAGAAUCCCAUGCUGCCCAGCUACAGAUCCUUAUGGAAUUUCUUAAAGUUGCCAGGAGAAACAAACGAGAGCAAUUGGAGCAGAUCCAGAAGGAGCUAAGUGUUCUGGAAGAAGAUAUUAAACGAGUAGAGGAGAUGAGUGGCCUGUACUCCCCGGUCAGUGAGGACAGCACAGUGCCACAGUUUGAAGCUCCCUCACCUUCACACAGUAGUAUUAUUGACUCCACCGAGUAUAGCCAGCCUCCAGGCUUCAGUGGCAGUUCUCAGACCAAAAAGCAGCCGUGGUAUAACAGCACGCUGGCCUCGCGACGCAAGCGCCUCACUGCUCAUUUUGAGGACCUUGAGCAGUGCUAUUUUUCCACCAGGAUGACUCGGGUCUCAGAUGACAGCAGAACCACCAGCCAGCUGGAUGAGUUUCAGGAGUGUCUAUCCAAGUUCACACGCUACAAUUCUGUCCGACCGCUGGCAACGCUGUCCUACGCUAGUGACCUCUACAAUGGCUCCAGCAUAGUGUCCAGUAUUGAGUUCGACCGAGACUGUGACUACUUUGCCAUCGCUGGAGUGACAAAGAAGAUUAAAGUCUAUGAGUAUGGUACAGUCAUUCAGGAUGCAGUGGAUAUUCACUACCCUGAGAAUGAAAUGACCUGUAAUUCCAAAAUCAGCUGUAUCAGCUGGAGUAGUUACCACAAGAACCUGCUAGCCAGCAGUGACUAUGAAGGCACCGUCAUCCUUUGGGAUGGAUUCACAGGACAGAGAUCCAAGGUCUACCAGGAGCAUGAGAAAAGGUGCUGGAGCGUUGACUUUAACCUGAUGGACCCUAAGCUAUUGGCUUCAGGCUCUGAUGAUGCCAAAGUGAAACUGUGGUCUACCAACUUGGACAACUCAGUCGCAAGCAUUGAGGCCAAGGCUAACGUGUGUUGUGUCAAAUUCAGCCCAUCUUCUAGGUAUCACCUAGCUUUUGGCUGUGCAGAUCACUGUGUUCACUACUACGACCUUCGCAACACUAAACAGCCCAUCAUGGUGUUCAAAGGGCAUCGCAAGGCUGUCUCCUAUGCAAAAUUUGUGAGCGGGGAGGAAAUCGUCUCUGCGUCAACAGACAGCCAGCUGAAGCUGUGGAACGUAGGGAAGCCUCACUGCUUGCGCUCCUUCAAGGGUCACAUCAACGAGAAGAACUUCGUAGGGCUUGCAUCCAAUGGAGACUACAUUGCCUGUGGAAGUGAAAAUAAUUCCCUUUACUUAUACUAUAAGGGCCUCUCGAAGACACUGCUGACAUUCAAGUUUGAUACAGUCAAAAGUGUCCUGGACAAGGACCGGAAAGAAGAUGACACAAAUGAGUUUGUGAGCGCUGUGUGCUGGAGGGCACUUCCAGAUGGGGAGUCCAACGUGCUUAUUGCUGCUAACAGUCAGGGUACAAUUAAGGUACUGGAGCUGGUAUGAAGGGUUUUCUCUCAAGGCAUAAGGUACUUGGUCCUGCUGAUAUGCUACAGUAUUCAUCUGAGAACCACAGUGGGACAAGAAACCAAAACCACCUUGAUGUUCCUCCCCAGAACGAUCAUGUUUGGGUUUUUUUCCAUUUAUGGACUUUCUAGGACAUUUUGAGACACUGGUAACACCAAUGAACUGUCUGCCAUCAACAUUAAUUCCACAGACUUUGCUGGUGCUGGUGGUGGUAUGGUUGUCUAAUUUUUAUGAUAGGAAAACAAAUUCUUUUAAAUAAAAAGGAGUAAUAAAAUUUAUUGAGCCACAAGCUGAAGCUGGAAGAUUGUCUUGUUGCAUAAGAGAACAGAGUGACUUGUGAAGGGAGCUUACAGGAGCACACAGGGCUGUCCUCAGCUGCACAUCUCCAGUUACUUACAUCUGGACUCUACUUCAUCCUCACCAGAAAAAGAAAAUCUCUAAGCCUUACCUGGACAUGCAAGCAAUUCACUUUGAAAUCCCAUCAUGAUACGGUUCUGUUGUUCCUUUGAUUAUUAAUUAUUUUUUAGAUGCAUUAUAUGUUGAGAAAUGUCACUGAGGUUGACACCACUGGAGACUGAAGUCCUCUAGUCAUUGAAAAGGACACCUUCCCCUUCCUCCUCUCCUUAGACCCCUUCCUUGCCCCAAAGGGGCAGUUCCAAAGGAGAGAAUUAAGUUGUCCUCCCAUCCAUGUGGGCCACCUACCACCAGCAACAUGUUGGGAUGAGGGGGCCUGCAGUUCCUGAGACCUGGACCGACCUUGCCAAGACAUCGUGGGAUAAAGAUCUGCCUCCCACUGACCUGGCUGUGUUUGACUAUCUCAGCUAGAGGAGGAAGCUUCUAGAUCCAGUUACCAAAGCCCUGCACCACUCAAUCGCCUGUGUGGUCUGGUUGUGUUUGCCCCUCUCUGCACACCGUGGAAGCCGAGCAUUUUGAAUGUUGUAAUAAGAGAGGGGAUGGAGUUGGUUUGUAAUGUGUUUCAGAGCCAUGAUAUAAGUAGCCUUAUUUUUAAUGGUCAUGCAUACACUUAAUUGUACAUAUGGAGGGGGAAUAAACCAUGAAGCUGAGA